AAAUAAGACGCCAUUGCGUGCGAGGUGAAGAACGAGGUUGGAAUAUUUACGCGGGGUAACUUGGACCCCUGAAUAUUCGUUUUAAUAAAAACAAUAAAAACAAUAAGAAUAUCAACGUUGGGUUGCAAACCCCUUGGUAUUGUGAUAAGUUUUGUUGGUAACAAGUGAUUUAGUAUUCAAGUGAUUUUUAUUUAAAUCAGUGACUCCAAUAAAAAAUGACAUGGUGUGACUGAUGGUCACAAUGUCUAGGGGAGAGACUGUAGGAUUUAAAUAAACUGGUAGGAACGAGCAAUGGAUCCAAUGGAGUGGUUUGCGUGGAAUCUUAAGAAAUGGCGGGACGAAUUGACAAAGACUGAUCUUGAUGAUAUGAAACAAGUCGAGAGAAUUUACGAGCACGUUAAGGAACAGCAGACUGUAAGAUGGGAACUGAUGUCUCAGUGGCUGAGAGUGAAUGCUGGUGAAUUGCCAGUUGAUACCGAGCCCUGGUUGUCUGCUGAUCCACCUCCAGAAUCAGCUGAUGUUGAUAAAGAUGCUGCGGCAGAGGUAAUUAAUUCAAUGAGUCCGAGCUCGUUGCAGAGAGGUGUAAAUAAACUGUCGAGUAUUUUAUCCGAUGAUGAAGUGAGUGAUAGUGAAUCACUUCCUCGAGAUAAAGCCAACGGGUUCGGUUCCUUUAAAUCAGAGGCUAAGGAAAAAGUGCUCGAUUCACGGGUCCAGAAAUCUUACAGCGAUCUGAUGUCAGGUGACGAGACGGCGGUGUCUGAAUCUUCUUGGUCCAGCAAUAGGAUAAAGUUGAAGUUGAAGUCUUCUGGUAAAAAGAAACCGGGUAAAGUUAAUGAAUCAAUUAGUAGUAUCAGAGCCAAAGCCAGAGCAAGAGCCUGGGCUAGAGCCAGAGCUAAAGCUAAAGAUUCAGUGGUAAAUCCUAAGAAAUCAAGACGAAGUUUGUCGCCUGGCAAACCAAAUCCCAGUCAAAUUAGAUUAAGAAAAAGUCCCAUGAGAAUUUUAAAUCGAGUUCCUAGAACGAGAUUAGUCGCCGAAUGCUACAGAUGCCACAAAGUUGGACACCGCUACAGAGAUUGCAGGGAAAUUUGGUGCCGUCGUUGCAAAAUGCCAGACGUUACAGUACGGACUUGUCCCAACUGCAGGUUUACUGGACUUGACAAUAACAAUUGGGAUGAAAAAAGAAGUAGAAGUUACUCAGACAGCCGGCAAUCUCCAAUUAGAAAUAUCAGGAGUCCCAUUCGUCGGAGAGUUCGCCAGUGAUUUUAUUUUUUUAUAUUGUAUAUUACAGACAAUAAUUUUUUUAUUAAAUAUCAAUUUAAGAUUUUCUGGUAAUUUACAUUGACAAUUUAUAGAAUUUUUUUUUAAUUCAAGUGAAGUCAAUUAUCAUUUUUUUUUUAUUUUAAGUAAUUAAUUUGGUAAUGAUUAAUAUUUUAGACGUAAUCAACUUGUGUCAAUAAAAAAUAGUUAAACUAGAGCAGUAUUAAUAAAAUUAAAAAUUAAUUAUAAAUCGUUAACGUUAUUACGUCUAUUAUAUAUAUUUUGAUAAGAAUUUAUUAGUAUACACAGAAAAUAAUAAUUUCUUGGCGCUAAAAAUUUUUACUU